AUGCCUCUGACCGUCCUCACAGACGCAGAGGUCAAGAGUCUACUCUUGACCCUGACGAAGCAGGACAUUGAAGACCUCCAAGGAACUCUUGCAGAAGCAUUACAUUCAUAUUCUACUGGUGACACGAACUCGCCAUGCGCAUCAAGUUAUCAACCUCAGAGGACGACGAUUCGGAAAAAGGGUGUUACGACGCUUUUCAUGCCUGCCUCUACCGGCACAUCUGUGGGGAUGAAAAUUGUCUCACUGGAAACACCAGAGAGGCGAUCUAGUAAGAAAUCGUCUGUCUCAUCACAAACAGGGAGUGGUUCUGGCGCGACCUCUAUCAAGUCCACUACUAGUGAUCUUGCGUCACUGAGCCUAAGCCCUGUGGCGACAGAGUCGUCCUUGGGCAGUAAGGACUCAAUCGAUGGUGCGAGUUUUCAACCUCCGGCUUCUAUCAAUAGUAGCCAGAGUACCACACCACGAGGUUCAGUCACGAUACUCGAUUCGUCUGGAAAUCCUGUGGGGAUUGUCAAUGCUGAAGAACUCACAGCGUUCAGAACUGCUCUGGCAGCGACCAUGCUGGUAAAGAAGCGGAAUGAUGUGCACAGUUUGCUCGUAUUUGGCGCGGGCAAGCAAGCUUUCUGGCACAUACGUCUAGCACUUCUCCUGAGGGGUGACGAGAUCAGACAUGUCAAUAUCAUCAAUCGCUCCUUUGAGAGGUCGGUCAAGUUGAUGAAAUCGUUUCAAGUCACGGAUGAAUCAUUUAAAGGGUGGCGCAAAGAUGUCAAGUUUUCGGCGGUGAGUCCUGCAUUCGUGGAAUACGGGAGACUCUUGAAGGAAGAAGUCAGGAAGGCAGACGUGAUAUUCUGUUGCACGCCUUCGGUCGACCCGUUGUUCCCGGCCGAGUUUUUGACAUCUCGAGAAGGGCAAAGGAAAGGCAGGUAUAUUUCUGCCAUUGGCUCCUAUGCCCCACACAUGUGCGAAGUCCAUCCGGACGUCUUCAAGGCGGCGGUCCAGCCUGAUCAUGGACAUCACCAUCACAAGCAUGCCAAGCAGGGUGGGGUCAUCAUUGUUGACAGUCUGGAAUCGUCGUUAAAAGAGGCCGGAGAAAUAAUCCAGGCCAAGCUAAAACCGGAGCAUCUGGUUGAAAUUGGGGAGCUCAUCAUGAUCAAGAAGGCUGCCACCAAGGAAAUUGAAUUGGGAGGACCAGGAGAGCAAGGACUAUUGGAUUGGCUUAUCAAAGGCAACGUUAUCUACAAGAGUGUGGGAAUGGGGCUGAUGGAUUUGGUUGUUGGAGGCGACAUGAUCCGACUUGCGAGAGAACGUGACAUUGGAACCUUUAUUGAGGAUUUCUGA